UCGUUCAUCUGCCUCAGUCCUUACCUCUAUUUCUGCUCUCUCGCCGACUCCACACUUUCUGAAUCAUGGAUCUCGCGGCGAGGUGUUUGUUUCUGCUGUCGAGCGUUUGCGCGGUAUUACCGAUCGAUCUGGACGCGGUUGAGCCGAGCUACUACGAGGAGACCCCAACUUCUUCGGAGACGAUCGACUACAAAGAUCCCUGCAAAGCCGUUGCCUAUCUGGGGGACAUAGCACUGGAUGAAGAGGAUAUGCACAUGUUUAAAGUGGACCGUAUUGUGAACGUAGUCCAGAGAACCAUCACGGACCUCAGCCAGACAGAUACAGGUUUGUCUGCCAAUGAGACGAGUCCAAACACUGCGGUGUCCAAUCGGCAGGGCUCGCGACGCAGGAAGAGGGCAGCGACGUCCAGACCCGAGAGGGUGUGGCCUGAGGGAGUCAUUCCGUAUGUCAUAAGUGGGAACUUCAGUGGUAGUCAGAGGGCCAUAUUUAGGCAGGCCAUGAGGCACUGGGAGAAACACACAUGUGUGACCUUCAUCGAGAGAACCACAGAGGAGAGCUACAUAGUCUUCACCUACCGGCCGUGUGGGUGUUGCUCAUAUGUGGGUCGCAGAGGCGGGGGGCCCCAGGCGAUAUCCAUCGGCAAGAACUGCGACAAGUUCGGAAUCGUGGUGCACGAGCUCGGUCACGUGAUCGGGUUCUGGCACGAGCACACGCGGCCGGACCGCGACGACCACGUCAGCAUCAUACGUGACAACAUCCAGCCAGGACAGGAGUAUAACUUCUUGAAGAUGGAGCCCGGGGAAGUGGACUCUCUAGGGGAAACCUAUGACUUUGAUAGCAUCAUGCACUACGCCAGAAAUACAUUUUCCAGAGGCAUUUUCCUGGACACCAUUCUGCCCCGGUAUGACAUAAAUGGAGUCCGUCCGCCCAUCGGCCAGAGGACCAGGCUGAGCAAAGGAGACAUCGCACAGGCACGCAAACUUUACAAGUGUCCAAGAUGUGGAGACAGUCUUCAGGAGAGUAGUGGGAACUUCUCCUCUCCCGGUUUCCCCAAUGGCUACUCUGCGUAUAUGCACUGUAUCUGGAGGAUCUCCGUCACACCCGGCGAGAAGAUCAUCCUAAACUUUACCUCCAUGGACCUGUAUCGGAGCCAUCUGUGCUGGUACGACCACGUGGAGAUCAGAGACGGAUACUGGAGGAAAGCUCCCCUGAAAGGCCGCUUCUGUGGCGACAAGCUCCCCGAGCCGAUCGUUUCGACGGACAGCCGUUUGUGGAUUGAAUUUCGUAGCAGCAGCAACUGGGUGGGAAAAGGCUUCUCUGCUGUCUAUGAAGCUAUCUGUGGUGGCGAGGUUAAGAAGGAUAACGGACAGAUCCAGUCUCCCAACUACCCAGACGACUACAGACCCAAUAAAGUGUGUGUGUGGAAGAUAACUGUGGCUCAGAGCUACCAUGUAGGCCUAACGUUUCAGUCCUUUGAGAUCGAGAGGCAUGACAGCUGUGCCUAUGACUAUCUGGAGGUCCGGGACGGAAACUCUGAGAGCAGCCCUCUCCUGGGCCGCUUUUGCGGAUAUGACAAGCCCGACGACAUCAAGAGCAGCUCCAACCAACUGUGGAUGAAGUUCGUCUCCGACGGUUCCGUCAACAAGGCCGGCUUUGCCGCCAACUUCUUUAAAGAGAUGGACGAGUGUUCGCGGCCUGACAACGGCCGUUGCGAACAGCGCUGCAUGAACACGCUGGGAAGUUACAAGUGCGCCUGCGACCCGGGCUACGAGCUGGCCGCAGAUAAGAGGAGCUGUGAGGCGGCCUGCGGUGGCUUCAUCACCAAGCUGAACGGCUCCAUCACCAGCCCAGGCUGGCCCCGCGAGUACCCGCCCAACAAGAACUGCAUCUGGCAGCUGGUGGCACCCACGCAGUACCGCAUCACUCUGCUCUUCGACGUCUUCGAGACCGAGGGCAACGACGUGUGCAAGUACGACUUUGUGGAGGUGCGGAGUGGACUCUCCGCGGACUCCAGGCUCCAUGGAAAGUUCUGCGGCGUGGAAAAGCCAGAGGCCAUCACCUCUCAGUACAACAACAUGCGCAUCGAGUUCAAAUCCGACAACACCGUCUCCAAGAAGGGCUUCAAGGCUCAGUUCUUCUCAGAUAAGGACGAGUGCUCGAAGGAAAACGGCGGGUGCCAGCAUGAGUGUGUGAACACCUUCGGCAGCUACAGUUGUCAGUGUCGGAGCGGCUUCGUGCUGCAUGAGAAUAAACACGACUGCAAAGAAGCUGGCUGCGAUCACACCGUGAACAGCGUAAGCGGAACCAUCACUAGCCCCAACUGGCCUGAUAAGUACCCCAGCAAGAAGGCCUGCACCUGGGCCCUGUCCACCACGCCAGGACACCGCAUCAAAAUCGCCUUCAACGAAAUCGACAUGGAGCCCCACCUGGAGUGCGCCUACGACCACGUGGAGAUCUACGACGGGCGCGACGGCAAGGCGCCCAGCCUGGGCCGCUACUGCGGCUCCAAGAAGCCGCUGCCCGUCACGUCCAGCGGCAACCGGAUCUUCGUCCGUUUCUUCUCCGACAACUCUGUGCAGAAGAAAGGAUUCGAGGCCUCUCACACCGCAGAGUGCGGCGGUCAUCUCAAAGCAGAGGUCAAGACCAAAGACCUUUACUCGCACGCCCAGUUCGGGGACAACAACUACCCAGGCGCGUCCGACUGCCAGUGGGUGAUCUCUGCCGAGAAAGGUUACGGUGUGGAGCUCAUCUUCCAGACGUUCGAGAUCGAGGAGGAGGCCGACUGUGGCUACGACUACAUGGAGCUGUUCGACGGCGCAGACACCAAGGCGCCAAGGCUGGGUCGAUACUGCGGUUCUGGGCCUCCCGAGGAGAUCUACUCUGCUGGCGACUCUAUUGUCAUCAAAUUCCGCUCGGAUGACACCAUCAACAAGAAGGGAUUCCACGUUCGCUACACCAGCACUAAGUUUCAGGACACUCUCCACUCUCGUAAGAAGUGACCCCUAGUGGCCGGGAGGGGCCAUGCAAGGCCUAGGGGGAAGAGUAGGGGCCCCAAGGGGAGGGCCUCACCUGUCGCUCGGAGCCCCCCGGCCGCCAAGAACACCCAGACUCAACGGACCAGCCGCAAGAACGCCAACCGCACCUCAGUAGUUCCCAGGGGCUCUGGCGCCCCCUACUGACUGUGAGGAGUAAAGCCAUUCCGCAACCGACCUUGUUUUUACCUUUUUUAUGAUUAUGAUGUGAGGGUGGGCUUGGGGUAGGAG